CGCCACCCGUCGCUCUGAGGGCCAGGGCGCGCAGCCCCGCAGCGUGAGGCUCACCAUGUCUGCUCAAGGAGGAGGCCGCGAUCCCCCCAAACCCAAGGGCAAGACGCUGAGCAGCUUCUUCGGGUCUCUGCCUGGCUUCAGCUCUGCCCGGAACCUGGUGGCCAACGCCCACGGCACAGCGAAAGAGGCCCAGCCAGUCCCGGAUGCCGCCGGCGCGCCCGCCCCCGAGGCGGCCCAGCCUCCGGCUCAGGCGGCCACCGAGCCGGAGCAGACGGCCAGCGGGGCGAAGCUGCUGCCGCCUGCAGACAAGAUGAUGUCUGGGGCGAAGGACCUGGUGUGCUCCAAGAUGACCAAGACCAAGGAUGCCAUCUCGUCCGGGGUGGCCACUGUGGUGGACUCGGCUAAAGGCGUGGUCCAGGGAGGUGUGGGCAUGACCCGAUCCGCACUGACGGGCACCAAGGAGGCUGUGGCCAGCGGGGUCACAGGAGCAGUGGGUGUGGCCAAAGGCGCUGUCCAGACCGGCGUGGACACCACCAAGACCGUUCUCACAGGCACCAAGGACACAGUGUCCACUGGGCUCACUGGGGCCAUGGGUGUGGCCAAGGGGGCCGUCCAGACCGGCAUGGACACCACUAAGACUGUGCUGCCUGGCACCAAGGAUACCUUCUGCAGUGGAGUGACCAGUACCGUGAAUGUGGCCAGAGGGGCCGUCCAGGGGGGCCUGGACACUUUAAAGGAUGCCCUGAUUGGCACCAAAGAUGCCAUGUCCGCUGGGCUCCCCAGGGCAGGCAGCGCGGCCAAGGGGGCCAUGGAGACCGGCCUUGGCGCCAUCCAGAAUUGGUUACCUGGUGCCCAGGACCCCGCCUGGGGUGGACUGACCAGUUCCAGGGCCCCAGACAAAGGAGGGGAACAAACUGUUCUCAGCCCCCAACCGGCUGUCUCCUGCGGGGUCUCCAGCCCCCCGGACCCUCCCUGCUCAGGCCUGGACCUUGCCGGGCAAGCCACUGCCGGCACCAAGGGCCCUGUGUCCACUGUGGCGACAUUCCCCGAAGGGGCCACCCUGGGCAGGGAGGCUGCAGGGCACGUGGCCCCCACGGGCAGUCGUGAAGGAGCCACAGGCUUCGCGGUGCUCCGGGACGAGCUGGAGGACCUGGGGGACAUCUUCCAGCCCAUGGACGCCGAGGAGCAAGCUCAGCUGGCUGCCUCCCAGCCCAGGCCGAGGGUGCCUGCGGCCGACCAGGGCAGCUACUUCGUGCGUCUGGGUGACGUGGCCCCCGGCUUCCGCCAGCGGGCUUUCGAGCACGCGCUGAGCCACCUGCAGCACGGCCAGUUCCAGGCCAGGGCGGCGCUGGCCCAGCUGGAGGACUCCUUCAGGCUGAUUGAAACGGCCAAGCAGGUUCCAGAAGCGCAGCCGGGGCCAGAGCGGGGUCCGAGCAGCCACGUGGCGGAUGCCAGUGCCCGAGAGGCGCUGGCCGCCGGGGCGCUGUCGCGGGCCCGCGGGCUCCUGCAGCAGCUGCACGUGGCCUACAGCACCCUGGCCGCCGGCCUCCAGGGCCUCCCGGCCGAGCUCCAGCGCCCGGUGGGGGAGGCGCGGCGCAGCCUGUGCGCGCUCUACGGCGUCGUGUCCUCCGCCGGCUCCGUCGCCGAGCUGCCGGCCGAGCGCCUGGCGCAGAGCCGCGAGGGCGUCGGGCGGGCGUGGCAGGGGCUGGAGCAGCUGCUGGAGCGCAUGCAGCACAGCCCCCCCCUCGGCUGGCUCGUGGGGCCCUUCGCCCUGCACCCUGGCGGGGAGCCUCUGUAGGUCCCCCCCCACCACCGAAGCGUCGGACCCUCGGGCUGGUGCAGGAGCGUGCCUGUGGGGGCCCGAGGACCCUCUGAGCCGACCUUGCACGGCUCCGGGUCUGCCUGAGCUGGUGACCCUUCCUUCCUGAGCACGGGCACGGCAGGCCCUUCUCCAGGCCCGGGGCCGGGCUGCGGGGGCCGCGGACGGACGGAGGGCCUUCGCCUGAGGACGUCAAGCGAGCGCUCCAGUCAGGACGCAGGUGGAACCGUGCCGAAGUCUGGAAGGUGCUCAUUCGGCAAGCUCCCGACUAGGAGCCCCUUUAUCUUGACGGGGUCACCGCUCCAGUCUGGGUCCUGCAGUGGCCCCGAGCAGGCGGUCCCGCCCUCCAUCCCUGGCCCCCUCGGAAGGCCCAUGCUCCAGCCCUCGGCAGGCCGUGCUCCCUUGACCGGAGUGGACCAGCGUGCCACCGUCAUCCCGAAGCAGGCCCACUGCGUCCGCUGACCCCCGUGUAGCCCAGGGGCCUCUUGAGGACAAAGCCACAGCAGCCAUCGCCCGGGCUUGGCACUGGCCAGGCUGGAGGACUGGAGUGUUGGGGCGGGGUGACAAAACCAGCGCCUUCCUGCCUUGGCCCCUCGCCCACCUGGCCCGCCCCGCAUGGCCAAUCAGACCCAGACUCCCAGACCUGAUGACCGGUGGUCCCGAGGUGCCUGGCCAGAGGCUGCUGAUGAAGGAACUAAAGGGCUUCCCUAGGGGGCAUGUGGCAAACAGACUCGACUCGAGUUCAGGCCUCAUCCCUCGCCCUGGGCUGGAGACGGGGCCGGGACAGCGCCAGCGGGCCGCGCUGCCCCAGAUGCUCAGGGCAGCCCUGUGAGGUGGGCUGAGCGCAGAGAGGCAGGCCGCAGAGGUCCAGGCCCCCACUCCUGCGCCCCCCGCCCCGGCCCUGUGAAAACAGGAUGCCUGGACACGAGAUGCUCCCGCCGCUGCAUCAGAGCGCCAGCGGCCCGAGCCCAGGCGAGCCCCCCGUCUGGCCGGGUCCCUUAUGGAGCCAGGGCCUGAGUGCCUGGACGGAUCGGCUGGCUCUCCCCUCGGCUCCCAGGAGCCACCAGGGGCUCUGCAUGGGGCGCCGGCCGUUGGGAGCCACAGGAGUCAGGAAGCCCCAGGAGCCCUGCCGCCCUCAGUCUCUGUCACGCACAGCCGUCAGAGGCGGUGACACGGGAAACACAGCCACUCACAGAAACUGAGCACAGCGACUUGACCUCAGUCCAGCCAAAUCACACAGGGCGCCAGGCUCAGGAAGUCCCACGCACACCACGGGCCUCUCUCAGCUGGGACGGAGGGACUCGGCCCCCGGCAGGGCAGGGGACACAGCAGAGGCCGCUAUUCAACCAGUAACUGUCAUGAGCAGGGGCUGGGAGCUGCGCACACAUGCUGAGUCAGCUCUGUGAGGCCGGGGUCAUCCCACAUCCAGGUGAGAAAAGAGAAGCCCAGAGUGAGAGUGCCACUUGUCCAAGGUCACACAGCAAAGCCGACUCUUAACGCUCAAGCCCUCUGAACAUUAAGGGCAACCAACAGCCGCCAGCACCCGUCCCAGCCUAAAUGGCUUGAAUGCCCUGAUCUGGCACUACUGGGGACUCUGGGUCCUUCCCUGGGGGUCCCAGAGCCACCUGCAGCCUGGGCAGGAAGAGCAAACGGUGUGUCUGAUGUCCCCUUUACUUCUGGCAAGGUCUCACCCCCCAGCCCCUUCACGUCAGCCCCGCGGGGCCCGGCCGGGCACACCGUCAGAACCAAGUUCACAUUCGCUGUUCAUGGUGACCCUAUGGCUUAAAACCCUUUGUCCCAAACGGGCCCGACAGCGGCGAACCGCUCCCCAGCUCCAGCCUGGCCACACCAGUAACGCUAGAAAGCCAAGCCAAUAAAAGUGAUUUUUUUUU